GCGCUCCGUCUCGCCCACGGGCCUCCGCCAUGGCCUCGACGCAAUAUGGCGAGCGUGGGGGAUUCGCAGACCAGCAGCACGAUCUAUACGACUUCAGCGGCGCCGCUCACCCGUCCGCCGCCACCACGACCACGGCGUCGUCCAACGCUCACGCAACCACCCAGCACGAUUACCGCUUUCCGCGUAGGCCGCCGGGUGGCCAGCACCUCCAGCAGAUCCCGCCGCAUCAGCAGUACCGCGAUACGUAUGACGACUCGUAUGAUGAGCCUGAGCCGCGCGGCGACGGCGUAGACGAUAGCAGUAGCGGGCGGCGUGAUUUCGCAGCGGCGACGACGACGCCGCCACCUGGGACAGCACGCAAGGAGAUGCUGCGCGAGACGAUUUUCCCGACGUGGAAGGACAGUGGCGCGGCGGAUCUGGAUAGCCCGGAUGAGAUGCAGCGCAGGGAUCCGCUCGCGACGCAGAUAUGGAGGUUGUAUAGCAAGACGAAGAAGCAGCUGCCGAACCAGGAGCGCAUGGAGAACUUGACGUGGCGCAUGAUGGCUAUGAGUUUGAGGAAGCGGAGGCAGGAGGAGGAGGCUGCAGCUGCCCGUGAGGAGGAGGAACAGCUUAAUGCUAGUGCGCCGAGUGGCAUUGCGCAGCUGCGCAAUUCGAUGCACCAGGGCGAUGAGAGCCCGGAUAAUAUGAGUAUCGAGGAGUUCAUCUUCUCCAACAUGGCGUCGCCCACGGAUAUGUCGUCGCCGGACUUGAUGGAUAACAGGCAACCCAUCGCCGUCGCCUCGGCCAUACCGAUCAAGAUGCGCAAGGAGCCUGCGGCGGCGUUUGCUCCGCAGUCGGUUCCUGUGACGCAGCACCAGGACGAGUUCAGUUAUGUGCAGCGCCAUGUCAGGAAGACGAGCAUUGAUGAGCGUCGGCCUCGCAAGAGACCCGCCGAUUUCUCACCUCAUGUACCGCCGAUUGGAAUCACCAUACCGAACCACUCUGAGAUGGAUGCGGAUCUCAAUGAAUACUCACUUAACGACCAGUACGGGAUACUGAACCAGCAUGACCACCACCACCACAGUGUUCCUUUUAACCCCGACACGUACAACCUCGAUCAGGAGCAGAUUCUGAACUCUGCUGGCCAGUACCAGCAGAACUACGGCUUCUCGCCGUCUCAGUCGCCGUUGGUGCCGUAUGGGGCUUUCCAAAACAUGUACAACAAUGCCUCGAUGGCCCCGUCAUCGCUCAAUUCCAACGACUUCUAUUCUCCGCCGGCUUCUAACUAUCCAUCAGCCGGAUCGACCCCGCAGAUUGGAAAUGAUGGGGAUAGGCAGAUGUACUUUAACCAGGGCAUGGAUAUGCGCCAGCAGCAAAGGCCGCAGAACUUCAGGCGUAACCCGUCUAACCUCUCUAACUCGCUCGGACCGCAGUACAUGUACAACCAGAACGGCAAUGCCAUUUACUCUUCUUCGUACACCGGCUCAGGGGCAUUCGGUAUGCAGCAGCAUAUCGAUCCUUCUCAGGUUUUCCAGCAUGAUAAUAUACAAUCGCCGGGUGUUAAUAUGGGCACUCAGGACAGCUCGUAUAAUCUCGAUGUUGAUUCUGACGGAGAGGAGACUGAGGGCACAGCGUUUGCUGAUCGCACUCUGAUGAACGCGAACGACUACGCGCUUUCUCCAAUGGAGGACGCUAACAUGGGACUCGCAUGGGAUGCGACACUGCCAGGGCAGUUCAACACGCAAGCUGCGAGGUAUCCGGGUGGCCCUCCUCGGAAACAAGUUACGAUAGGCGGCACCACCACCGAGAUCUCCCCUCUCGACUGGGACGGCACCGGCGGCUCCCUCGGCAGAUCGCACACCCACGCCUCCAGCGCCUCCAUCUCCGACCACCGCCGCAACGGCGACCGUCGGCAGAAAAUCCCUCGCACCGCCUCAACCCCCAACGUCCCCGCCGCCCAACAAACAAUCUUCGACGGCCAAACCGCACAAUCCACCCCAAACAGCCCGCCAGACAUGACAGGCAACAUGAGCGGCUUCAGCUCCGUCGCACCCAGCCGACCCAGCAGCCCCGCUCCAAAGGGGUCAAGCACCAACCUCUCCGCCGCCGGCGGCCCUGCCGACCCCGGCGUCCCGACCACAUGCACAAACUGCUUUACGCAGACCACGCCUCUCUGGCGCCGCAACCCAGAGGGCCACCCCCUCUGCAACGCCUGUGGUCUCUUCCUCAAGCUCCACGGCGUCGUGCGCCCGCUUUCGCUAAAGACAGACGUCAUCAAGAAACGCAACCGCGGCUCCGGCGCGACCACCACCGCCGUCCCCCUCAUCAGCUCCGCCUCCUCCACCCGCAACGCCAAGAAACUCGGCGGGGGUCCCUCCGGCCCCAGCAGCGGCGCGAACACCAACGGGACUAACACGCGCAAGAACUCGUCCGCAGCUAUAGCCCAUCUCGCGUCCGCGGGCACGAGUCCCAAUGCCCCGCUCGACUUGGAGAGUCCGCAGUCUGCGGCGGAUGGCGCGCAGGGGAGCAAUAGCACGGCGGGGAGCACGCCGACGAGCUAUCAGGGGUCGACGACUAGUUCGUCGGGGGUGGUGAAGGGGGUUGUGCCUAUUGCGGCGGCGCCGCCGAAGGCUACGCCGGGGUUGGGUGCUGGGGCUGGGGCGGUGCCGAGGGUGGUGGCUGUUUCGGUGCCGCUGAAGAGGCAGAGGAGGCAUAGUAAGAGUGUUUCUGCUGGCGAUGGAGGGGGGAUGGAUGUCGAUGAUCGGAAUGCCAUGGCUGGGGUUGGUAUGUCGUCCCUCGGCCCCUCUGAGAAGGCUGGGGGGAUGACGAGAGCGCCGCUCCAGGGAGUUGGGGGGGGAUGGGACAGAGUAGUUUGGGGAUGUUGGGGAGUAGUGUUGCCGGGAUGGGGGUGGGGAUUAGUGGCGGGGGUGCGUUUGGAGGGCAGAGACCGGGUGGGGUGGGGAUGGGGCCGGGGGCGCCGGGGGCGCAGGUGACGAGUGCGAGGAGUCAGGAGUGGGAGUGGCUUACUAUGUCGCUGUGAUCGGUGCUGUUUGAAGAUAAGCCACGCGCUGGACCUCGCGGGACGUGCAUCCCGCUCCACGCCAAUACACGUUCCAGCGUUUUGUUCCUUUUCUUCGAGGGGACGAUAUUUGGGAAGGAGGGGUGUUGGAGGGCUUCAUACGUUGGGAUCGAGCGGAUGACGAAGGAUGCACAUGGCUUAUUUUAUGUGCUUAAUACACACCGACGAAUGAAAGGAGGGGGAUCUGGUAUCCGGGCUACACAUGAAGUUAGCGCAUCAUCAUGGGAAGGCGAGAGAAGCCAGGCGAGGGGAGUGCGUUGAUCGCUGAUGGAGAUGUUUUGUCUUUCCAAAACGCCACGCCACAUCUUCAACUUUUCAACUUUUUUAUCACGACGAACACACCGCGCUUACUUACCUUGCUUUUUUAUUAGACUGCGGAGUUUUUGUUGUUAGACGGGAAGCGGAUCUUUUUGGAUUUUUGUCGUAUGGUGGGGGGGGAUUGAUCUUUUUAGCUUUUCUGUUGUUGUUAGGUACGCUUUGUUGUUGUUUUGUUGGUUCUGUCUGGUUUUUUGUCGAAGCUGGGUUUUUUUUGCGUCGGGGGGGAG